GUUGUCUGAUAAAAGGCGAGUGGCUCUACGUACUGACUUUUCUUUCCGAUAAUUUCAUUCUUUUUGAUAUAUCUCGUUUGCAUCACCUCUCAACUCAUUAUGGAGAAUUACAGUGCUGCAGAUACGUCACGAGCAUUCACACCAAGAAGUAUCAGCAUCUCGGAAUAUCAAAUGCCAAUCCCCGAUAGCAGCUGUGGCAGUAUAUCACGACAAGAAUGGACCACGGAUGGGUACACUCAAAUAUCCGUGAAUACCUCCCCUCGGAGCUCGAUAACUCUCCAAGAUGCCGAACGGAGAGUUCUUCCCGCCCAAGAAAGCGAGUACGAACGACAAUCGACAGAGGAUCCAUUGCCGGGUGGCAGAUUGUCAAACCUCACUAUCUCCAGUUGGCUCGGUUCCAUUGGAAAAAAGCACCGUCAAAGAAAUUCUACACUUUCGGGCUGGUGGUGGGAGACCGCAAGCAUUUCACUCAGCGCCGUUUGUGUAGGCCUCAUCGUGGUCAUACUUGGCAUAAUAGACGGCAAGGCUUUGGCGGAUUGGAAGCUCCUGAUUAAGCCAAACUCAGUCAUCGCUAUUCUUUCUACGGUUGCAAGAUCCUCCCUCCUCGUCCCAAUCGCCGAAUGCAUCAGCCAGCUUAAAUGGACACAUUUUUCUUCCUCCGCUAGGAGCCUCAGUCACCUUCAAAUCUUCGACGAUGCGAGCAGAGGCCCCUGGGGCUCCCUUACAUUCCUUUGGAAGGUAAGGCCUACAGCAGUGAUUGCUACUGCAGGCGCGCUUGUCACGAUUAUCACACUCGCCUUUGAACCAACGGCCCAGCAAAUUAUUGAAUACCCUUCGCGCAAUGCACCUCUUGCCAAUGCUACAUCAUCAGUAGCAAUUGCCACCGGGGUCUUUCCGAGAUGGAGUUAUAGGGACUGGAGUGGGAUCUAUAUAUCCCCAAAUAAGGAGUUAGACGAUAUUGUGCUAAAUGAAAAGGCAGCUUUUCACAAACUCGUGACGACUAUGUUCUCAGAUAGCGCCGUCUAUGAGCAACCACAAAUUAACUGCCCAACGUUGGACUGCCGUUGGACGAACCUUACCACCCUCGAUAUGUGUUCAAGCUGUAGGAACUACACGGUAUCAGCUUCAGAUUCGCUUGAGUGUAACUACACGUUCAAACGACCUAAACCACAGUCUAUGUUUAAAUACUAUUACCCGGAUCCUAAUACACCAUCUUUCGGCAAUUUUACGGCCCUACAAGAUUACCUUUCGACACAUAAAGUGGGCAAUCUUGACCUAUUCGCAGACUGUUCAUAUGGUCAAUAUCCAGGAGUUGAAAUCAAAAAUGUUGAUUUUAUAGACAGUAGGGAUCUAUACCCCAUACGAGCUACACAAGUGGAAUAUGAACUUGUACCAAAAAUGCUUACUAUGAUUGAAGCGCGAAUCCUCAACAGCAGCAGCGUCAUGUAUGGUAACAUAACUGCCGAUAUCACUUUAUGUCAAAUCGAAUUCUGUCUUAACCGCUACGAAAGCCUCACACUCCAAGACGGACAGCUCUCCGAAAAGCUCUCCUCUACGGAGAAACUCGCCUAUGUAGGUAGAAAGGACAGCGCCUACAGCAAGUUGAAAGCGUUGUCCGACGCUUGGAAGCCAUCGUCCACUCUAUAUCCUAUUGGUGACGAUUGGGGUUCCGUUGCAAUCUACCUCGAAAAACUUCUAGACACCUCAGCAACACACGACGACUUUACUUUCUUCGACUCCGGAAAACUAGCGUAUCAGUACAUUUCCUAUAGGGACUUGCGAACGGUCUCGACGAACAUAGCACAUGCGCUCAGUAGCAUGCUCCGCAGUGAACGAAACCUCAACAUUACUUUCGUGGAAGGCGAUGCCUACACCCAAGAAACCUACAUCCACGUCCGCUGGGCCUGGCUGUCCUUCCCCAUCUGCAUCGUUCUCCUCACGACAAUGCUGCUCAUCACCACGAUCAUCCAAAGCAUCCAGAACGGAAACGCGCUCUUUAAAUCAUCUCUCAUAGCGCUGCUCUUCCACGGACUCGAAGGCUGGAACAAAGAGGAGCUCGAUGCUACGAAAGACACGGAACACCAGGAGACACCGCAGAGUCUGAUCAAAAGAGCAAAGAGCAUGCGCGCGAGAUUCGAGCGUGCAGAGGAUGGAGAGCUGAAGUUCUUGAGGGCGGAUUAGGUGCAAGGAACACCGGAAUUCCAGAAUGCUCGGCACUGUUUUACUUCUGGUCACACUACGGCUCAUCACUGUCCUUUUGUCUUUGACUGCUCGAGCACACUUCACGAAGGGACAUUUCAACUC